AGCGGUUCUGUUUUGAUUGUAAAGCGUCAAAGUGUCUUCAAAAUCAUGCUCGAGUGGGUGUUUCUGAUGUUGCCUCUACCAUUAGCAUGUAUAUCUAACCUAGUUAACUAUUUACUCAACUUUGCUUGAUUUAAAGAAAGCAAACCCGCGUUUCCCUCCGGUGUUGUAGCUAACUUUCACUUCUCCUAAGGUGGUGUUGUUGUUGUUGUUGUUGAUGUUGUAGCUAGCUUUUACUUUCUCUGAGGGUUUGUUGUUGUAGCUAACUUCCAUUUCUCCUGAGGUGGUGUUGUUGUUGCUGCUGUUGUAGCUAGCUUUUACUUUUUCUGAGGGGUUGUUGUUGUUGUAGCUAGCUUCCGCUUCUCUUGAGGCGGUGGUGGUGUUCUUGUAGCUAGCUUCCGCUUCUCUUGAGGCGGUGGUGGUGUUCUUGUAGCUAGCUUCCGCUUCUCUUGAGGCGGUGGUGGUGUUGUUGUUGUACCUAGCUUCCGCUUCUCUUGAGGCGGUGGUCGUGUUGUUGUAGCUAGCUUCCACACCGGGCAGCUAUCUAGUUGCAGAAGCACCCUCCUCUCCUUGCCAGGAUGCUUCUGGUGAUCCUGGUGGGCAGCCUGUCUCUGGCUUGCACGGGAAAAGAGAUGGACAAUGACUGGAUAGACCCGUACGAUAUGCUCAACUACGACGCAAGCACCAAAACGAUGAGGAAGUCAGCAGAGCCAGAAAUCUAUGACAAUGUCCCCACCAAGAGAAGACCGUAUGCUGGGGACUCCAACGACGUGGACUCAACGCCGUGUCGCUCACAAGUAGUGGAUCUACAGAGACAGGUUGAAGAAUUAAAGAAGAAAAUCAUGCUGAUCUCACAGCAGCCUACAUGCAAUCCAGUCUUCAAACGUUUCCUUAUCAGACUGCGGAAGGAGAUAAAAAGAGUUGGUUUGCCCGGUGACGCCUCGGAGGUCCUCUAUGAUGCUAAAAUCAGACUCUCCACACAAGCUAUGACAGAGAUUGAUGCACUGCUGGAGGGGGAAGACCGUUGGAGAACUGGGGCUCUCGACAAUGCCAUCAGUCAGAUACUGGUCGAUCUCAAACCACAUGACAAAGAGGCCUGGAAGUGGCGCUUUGAAGACACCUUUGGCCUGGAGCUUGACACACUAUUAAAAAUGGGAAUGGGUUUUCUGGUUAUAGUGGCCAUCAUCUGCACUCCGCUGUGGUCAACAGUGUCCUGGUUCAUGCAGUUUCGUAGACUGCUCGGCGUCUGCUUCUUUGUCAGUUUUUUCUGGAACUGGCUAUAUCUGUACAAGAUUGCCUAUGCUGAGCACCAAAGCAACAUUGCAAAGAUGGAUAGUGUCUAUGAAAAAUGCUCUGGAGCGAAGAAAUUUGACUGGAGCGAUAACUUGAAAGAGUGGUUCAGAAGCACCUGGACUCUUCAAGGGGACCCUUGUGAGAAAUACUAUAAACUCCUUUUGGUCAACCCCAUAUUGCUAGUUCCUCCAAGCAAGGCGCUCGCAGUUACCUUCACAACCUUCAUCACAGAGCCGCUUAAGCACUUUGGACAGGGGAUCAGCGAGUUUCUUGUUGCACUCCUCAAAGAUCUACCGAUUACGCUGCAGAUCCCAGUUCUCCUCACAAUCGUGCUCGCCGUUGUGGUAUGCAUGUAUGGAGGUGUGCAGGCAGCCUUCCAGCAUGGCAUCGCUGCACCUUUUCGUCGCCCUCGAGGGCAUCCACCGCCUCCACAGAUCGAGCAACCGCAGCCUCACGUCCAGCAGAUCGUGAGCGGUGACUACUUAGCAGGAGGGGACGCACCGCAACGGGCCCCAGUGCAACGAGCCGUUGAAGGCCGAUUACACAGGAACCAGGUUCGCCAGAGGCAGCCCAACAGAAGCAGAGAAACGAUGGAUGUGGAGUCACUCAGCACCGCCGAGCCGCCGUACCACGAGGAUGAGAUGGAUGCUGAGCUGCGUGAGGCGGAGCAGAAUCUCUCCGCUGAGUCGGAUUCAGAAAACCUGCAUGAGACACAAGAGGAGCUAGAAGGGGAAAGUGCGAGCAUCGUUGCUGCUAACGCAACCAAAACAAAAAGGAAACCCACUGAAUCAGAUACAUCACCUUCAAAGAUUAAACCGUUAAAAGUGAAUGAAAAAUGUUCUAAAAAUAUACCUGGCAGAGACCGUGCAGUACCUCAGCCUGCAGGUAGGCAGCCUUCACCAGCUCAUGUUCAGGAUCUGCACUCAUCUGAAGACAGCACCUCAUUUGUCUCACUGCCACCUGUUGAAACUGUCGGAGUUCCUGUUCAGGAGACAGCGGAGUAGAAAGCUUCAACAAAAUAAAUAUAAUCAGGAUUUGGUGCUUCUUGCUGAACUGUGGAGGCCGUGAUGCCAAUGAGAUGUCUUCCAGACAUUGUUGAAAUGUGCAUGUUUGGUCAAUCUGUUAUCUUUAUAUAUAUACAGGACUGUCUCAGAAAAUUAGAAUAUUGUGAUAAAGUUCUUUAUUUUCUGUAAUGCAAUUAAAAAAACAAAAAUGUCAUGCAUUCUGGAUUCAUUACAAAUCAACUGAAAUAUUGCAAGCCUUUUAUUCUUUUAAUAUUGCUGAUUAUGGCUUACAGCUUAAGAAAACUCUAAAAUCCUAUCUCAUAAAAUUUUAAUAUUUCCUCAGACCAAGUAAAAAAAAAGAUUUAUAACAGCUGAGUGUUUGUCAAGGCUCAGGAAACCCUUGCAGGUGUUUCGAGUUAAUUAGACAAUUCAAGUGAUUUGUUUAAUGCCCUACUAGUAUACUUUUUCAUGAUAUUCUAAUAUUUAGAGAUAGGAUAUUUGAGUUUUCUUAAGCUGUAAGCCAUAAUCAGCAAUAUUAAAAGAAUAAAAGGCUUGCAAUAUUUCAGUUGAUUUGUAAUGAAUCCAGAAUGCAUGACAUUUUUGUUUUUUGAAUUGCAUUACAGAAAAUAAAGAACUUCAUCACAAUAUUCUAAUUUUCUGAGACAGUCCUGUAUAUCAUAUUUUAUGAUGAUUCAACUGUUUUUCCUCAGUUGGAAAGAGAAAAGAGUUUAAUCAACCGCAGAGCAGCCAGACUAAAACGGGUAUUAUGGAAAAGGGAACUAUUAUUUGUUAUUAUUAUAAAAAAAUAAUAAUGUUUGAAUAAAAAUUUGUAUUUUGUAAAAUAAAAAGCAAAAACAUG